GACACUUCAGAUGAAGAGAAUAACUACUCUGUAGCCAAUGUCCUGCACAAUGAAGAUGGACAGUGUAUCCGAACAGUUUAUUCAUUACUCCAAGAAAAUAUCAACAUUUGGAUGAAUAUAUUGAACAUGUAAAGGAAGACAACGGUUUGAUACUCCAAAAGCAGCAAACAUCCACAUCCUCACCAAGUAGCUGUUCUCAGGGUGAAAGAGUGUUUUCAAAUGACGAAGAGAAAACUGAAGAAGUGUUGUACGGUGUCAGAUUUGUAGAUAUGUCGUACUUCUUACGAAAACUCACGGAAGCAAGUCAGCAUAAUAAAUCGUUUGGGUGUACUCUUGCAAAUAUGUGUGUAAAAAAAGAAAUUCGAAAAGGAUUUUCAUCUAUUAUAGUAUUUUUUUGUAAUAUGUGCAACAUGACUGUCGGUGUUCCUACGCAUAAUAUGGAAGAUAAUUCAGUUAUGGAUAUGAAUUCAAGGGCUGUUGCUGGAGUUAUGGGCAUUGGGGCAGGGUAUUCUCAAUUACAAGAAUUAUGUGCAGCAGUAGGCGUGCCUUGCAUGGCGCCAGCAACUUAUUCCAAACAUCACGAUGUUAUCUGUAAUGGCUGGGAAAAAGCAGCUUCAGAAAAAAUGGAAGAGGCUGCACGCGAAGAAGCUGAAUUAGCGAGAGCCAAUGAUGAAGUUGAUGAGAAUAACUCAUUACUGUUGUUGUCGAUGGCAGUUGGUGCAAACGCUCCUACAAAUGUAAAUACGAUGCACUUUCUGGGGUAGCUGCGAUAGUGGGGUAUCGCACUAAGAAAGUUUUGUUCAUGGCAGUUGCAAACAAAUACUGCUAUGUUUGCGCUCGAGCGAAAAAUAACGAAUCUAUCCCUUCACAUGAUUGCUAUAAAAAUCAUGAAGGUAGCUCAAGUAGCAUGGAAGCAAAAAUAAUAGUAGAAGGAUUCAAAAAGAGUGUAACUAUGUACAACAUAAAGUAUGCCAAAAUUAUAGCCGAUGGUGACAGCAGUGUAUACAAGAAAAUUCUGGAAGCUAGGCCAUAUGACAAUCUUACUGUUGAGAAGAUAGAAUGCAGGAAUCAUCUGCUCCGCAAUUACAGGAAAAAAAUUAUUUCUGCAAGUGAAAAUACUAAUCUUGGGACUACCAUUCUGAGGAAAAUAGUUUAUAGUAAAAUGAGUAAACUAUCCAUUGGAGUGCAAAAAGCAAUCGCUUACAGAAAGUCACAGGACACCGAUUUUCAAGUUAAAGUUUCACAGUUGAAAUGCGAUAUUGAAAAUGGUCCGAGCCACGUUUUUGGUGAGCACAAAAAUUGCAGUACUUUAGGUUACUUCUGCGAUGGUCGAAAAGACGGUGAAUCAAACCUUUUCCCAGAGUUGGAAAAAAAUUCUUUGUGGUCUCAUAUUUAUAAAGCAUGUCAGUAUUUAGCUGCUCAUUCUCGAAGCCUCAUACAUGAUGUAGAUAGCAACAAAGUCGAACAAUUCAAUUCAAUAAUUGCGAAAUUUUCCGGAGGAAAAAGAGUGAACUUUGCAACGAAACGAUCUUAUCAAGGGAGAUGUGCUGGUGCUGUAAUAGCACACAAUACAAAAACACCACAAUAUGUGUUGCACAAAAGCAUGUUCAACGGUAUAAGUCCGAAUAAAAUUUCAAAAAGGUUAGAAUUCAGACGGCGGGAACUUCGAAGACGGGAAUUAGAAAUAAAAGAAAAAAACAAACAAAUUAAAUCAACGAAAACAGCCAAAAAAUCUCUCACCAAAACCUAUGGAGAAAAGGACUAUGGUCCUCAAUGUCAACAGCCUGACAUGGAUCCAGAAACAUUUGAGGAACAGAAACAAGCUUUCCUCAGUAGGUUACAACUAACACAAGAGGACCGUCAACAGUUAGAGAGAGACACAAUUCUCCAGGCAGGAAGCGGAAAAUGGCUUGAAACACGUAGAAAAAUUCUAACGGCUUCGAAUUUCGGGAAAGUCUGUCGUAGACGUGCAUCAACAAGCUGCGCGAACUUAGUUCGCAGUAUUGUUUAUACCUCCGAUAUUUUGAACGUGCCUGCAAUUUAUCAUGGUAAAAAGUUUGAGGUAAUGGCUAUAGAACAACUAGAAAAACAAGAAGGAAUUAAGGUUGGAAAAAGUGGACUCUUCAUUGACAAGGAAUUGCCUUUCUUGGGUGCCACUCCGGAUGGUGUUAUUGGAGAAAAGGGUCUUGCAGAAGUUAAGUGUCCAUCAUCUGCAAUUGGAAAAGAUGUUACUGCAGCAGUUAAACAAGGGAACAUCCGAUAUCUGAGUUUCGAAGGAGAUGAACUGAAACUGAAAAAAACACAUUCAUAUUUUUAUCAAGUUCAGGGACAGCUGCACAUUUCAGAGAGGGAAUAUUGCAUUUUUGGUGUUUGGACAUCAGUUGAAAAAGAGAUGGCAAUAUUUCGAAUUGAAAGGGAUGACAAUUUUUGGAAACAAGAGAUGGAACCACAUCUUACAAAAUUCUAUUAUAACUGCAUUUUGCCAGAACUGGUGGACCCUAGGCAUACGAGGAGCAUGGAAAUUCGAGACCCUCCAUACAUUAUUGACGCUAUUGAAAAAAGAGCAAGAAAAAAAUUUGCUGCUGUCAAGACUUGUUCAGCUGCUCAUUAAUUACUUCUGUAGCUUAGCUUCUUAAAAAAUGGGGGAAUAUAAUACCUAUGUAUUUUUUCUCAAAUUAUUUAUUGCGAUGUAACUUUAUUAUAUAAGAAAAUAUAAAGUCAGUGUGCUGUUAAAUUAUGCUUGUAAAAGCAGACCAUCUAAAUGUACCCAACUGUAUCCAUAAACGCAUGUUUUUAUCUUUGUGGUGUGUAAUUGUGUUCAAAUUCAAUUAUAUUUGAUUAAAGAAGAUGUAUUUGUACAACAUCAUACAUUAACUUUGUUUUUCUUCAUAAAAGCCAAAAAUAAUUUGUACAGAUAAAUCGAUGAUUGUUAUUUUCUGAACAGUUAUUGGGUGGAGAUGCAUACAAAUAUUUUAAAUAGCAAAUUGUAAACAAUCUAAACAUGUACAAAAUGUAGAAAAAAUAACAUGAUUCUGUGUCGUAUUGAAAAUGCAUUUUGGCACAUAUUAUCUUUACCAUACUUUUUUUUAAAAUCGCUAAUAAUUGAUAUUGACAAUAUUGCAAAGAUUCUAUUUCUAAAGGAAUAAGGAGUUACAAAUAAAUUAUUUGACAUGCUGAGUUAUCGCGUCAUUAUUACAAAAAAAAAAAACUAUUCACAAACAACCGGUUUGUGUACGUUUGGAAUAAAAAUUGUGAACACUAGUCACUCACCGUAAACGCCACACAUCUUCCUGUAUACUCACUUCAUGUUAUAGAAUGGGGAAAGUCCGGGUGAACAAAAUUACGAUUUUUGCCUCAUAACGUCACCACGUUUCGGAUGACUUAGACGACUAGUUCCGUAAUUUUGCAAACUUUAAAUACAAUUUGCAGCAACAAAUAGUACCUGUGACUAUGUUAUAUGACUUCGUUGAGCUAAGAGAUGCAUUUCAACCUGUUGUUGAAACUAACAUAUUUUUAUGUACGAAUGUUUGUUGACUGAUUGUUGCAUCAGUGCACGCUUCGAUUCGUUUGUAGUCGUAUGAUAAAUUGUAGUUUAGUACAUACAUUAAAAAAAAUACUGGAAGAGUGAAAAAUCAUGUAAACUAUUGAUGAGUUAUUUCUGAAACCCAUUAAUAAUAUAACUACGUUCGUACAUAGUAUAAAAUUGAAAAUUUGGAAAAUAUUAUUCUUUAUUUGAUGGUAAUCAUAUUACUUUGUUGCUGGUGGACACGUAAUAGCACACAACUUGAAGGAUAACCAGACCCAAGUGUAUAACUGAAUUAUUACAUAACUCAAUAAGUCACAACUUAAUCAUUUAAGUAAAUCAUUGCUUGCCAAUAAUUGGCACAAAUCAAUUUUAAUUUCUUAGUCAGCAAGGUUUAAAACUACAAACGAAAAAUUUCCCAGCAAGGAAGUGUGCAUGUGUCCGCGUAUGCGUACCUCUGUUGUUUAUGCAUAGGUAAGCGCACUUGCUAUGCUAUGUAUGCAUUAUUUUUGACUAGGUAACAUGUAGGCCUACAUAUUUCCGACUAUGAUAUUAACAUAUGUAACAUUUUUGGUUAAAUAUAACGGAAAAUGCAUUUGAUUCGUUAUAUGGAUAUGAGUUGCGUAGUUUUGACAGCUCCAUAGAACUUGCAAUGAAAGAUCGGCGCAGCUCCGAAAGCAAGGAAAAUGAGAGAUCUCUGAGAAGAAAUACUCCAGCAAAUAGUCUUGUCUGGUGUAAAUAACCUGGCCGGGAGAGAGAAUUGGGAAGUUGGUGGGCAAUGCGCUCAACACAACGCCAAGUGUGGCCUUUAUCCACUGACGUAUAGUAAAUAACUGUGCCUCGAAGGUAACGCGACACCGCGACAACACGAGACUCGAGGACAGAGCGAUAGCGGGUACGGAACACCGCGAUCUUUCCCAAAAGACACUGCAAGUUGGAAUGACGGCGGGGUGGAAAGUGUUUCCCCCACUCCGCCUCCCAGUCGAAGUGACGCGCCGCCAAGAUAACCAAUCCACGUCUCCUCCUCCCAGCUUUGUCCCGCCCACCCUGCACGAUAUCGUUAGCUAAGAACCCGCUGGCGGAGUUGCGCCCUGUCUGUAU